UAUUACAUAGUAUUUCUUAAUACAAUGAAGAGAUAUCUUCCUUUGCACACAGGAAAUUUUCAACGAUUGUUCCACGAUAAUGAUUAGUGGCAAUUAGGCACUGUAUGCGUAAAAUACUUAAUUACAAACAUCAUAAACAUUGAAUGUUUCCUCUGUGCAAGAGGAGAGAUAAUUCAUUUUAUGGUUAGUGUGUGUGUGUGAUGCGACUAGAGAACGUUGAAACAUUAAUAUUUCGACAAAUAUAAACUUGGAGAUUCAUAAAAGAGUAUACCGUCAACAUUUCCCACAUAAUACAAGCAUUCCAAAAUACCUCUGGAAUUUCCAACAAAUUUACUAUGCUCGUUAUAACAAUCGUUACAACAAAUGGAGAAUACGUGCCCGUAUUGAAAUGCACAAAAGGGGUACUUAUUACUGGCAUCACUUGAGACAGCUUGCUAUGAAAUAUUUUCACUUGUAAUAGAGUACGUAGCAAAAUGUCAACAUGAAAAUUAGUAUGUAUGUAUCGGUAUAGAAAAAGAUAGGGUCCGAAUAAUUCGGCAUCGAAUAUAAAUAUAGCAAAAUUGUGUUCUGAUCAAUCUCGACGAUGCGACAAUGCCAAUGACGCCAUUGAAACCCACUCCCGACAAAGCUGUAGAAUUGGGGACAAUUUUAGAAAAAUACUCACGCUUCUCAGCUUCUGCCUGUAUGUGCCUCAAAACUAGUGAGUUUGGACUGUUAUUAAACUUUUGUCGCUUUCGCCUUAACGAAUCAGGAUCAUCUAUAAAUGAUUGUACAUUAACUUUGUGUGUUCGAUCAAUAAUUAAAAGAAGUUUCACUGACGACAAAGGGCCCUACAAAGUCACGCGAAAUCACUUCAUCCUUAAGUAGAAUAAUUUACACAAAAUAAUAUCUUUUGUUGCAAAUACUUGCCGAAUUGCAAACAAGUAAAACGAUUAUAACCCAAUUCGGCUAUAAAUUAAACGUCUACUCUACGACUAGAAACAAAGUGAUAUGCGCAUAAACUUGGAACGCUAUAAAAAAAACUUAACAACGUGUAAUAAAUAGUAAAAAGCAAGAAUAUGAGUAUAAACACUGUAUAGUCUGACUAGAAAGGACUAGAUAUAAUCCUUCGGCAAUAAACAACAAGUUUUCGCUGAACGUACACUUCAGCUAUAAUUUUAGGUCCGCAUGAAAGACUAUGGAAACAGAAUAACAAUUUGUACCGGGACUAGAAAAGCGUUAGUAGUAUUCGUCUCGCUUGCGUGUUUCUUUGAAAUUCGUUAGAAAACUGUUUUCAAAUGUACAAAUGCAUCGCAGGCUCGCGAGCGUGUCGAGGCUACGAAAAUUCAACUUGUAAAAACGUACAAUCGUAAAAUACAACAGCCCAGACGAAUCACAAUAUACUUGUAUACUUCAAAAUAUCUUUUAUACGAGCGUAUUUAUGCGAUAUUGCUUUGGGGAUAGAAAAGUAUCACUCUCGAGUGGAAGUACUCUAUCAAACGUAGUAGACUAUCAAAACCAACAAAUUAUGUUUCUUUCUUUUCUGAGUAGAUCUUCCCUCCCUCCACGGGACUGUAAUAGAAAGACAUUUCAUCGAACUCUGAUGCAGUUGCAUGUGGAGCCAUAGCUGUAUACAACGCAUAGUGUUCAGCCUCUGUUAAUUCCAUUCCAUACGGUGGUGUUUCAUCACCAUCCAAUCUAAGUGAUUUGACGCUUGUGGUGCUUAUUGCACUUGGUCUUGGACACUGCAAUUGCGCGGCAUCUGGUAAAUUAUGUUUUGAUAAAUAUGUGAUGCUUCCUGAAGUGCUUAGAGAAGGAUUACUGUCUUUGGAGGCAUUCGAAACAGUGUCUUUGUCUUUCUUGAUUUUCUUGGCAAAUAAUUUUGAGAAGAGUCCUUGUUUCGAGGACUUGGUGAGUGUUCCGGGUAGAGAAGGUAAAUUCUUGUUGGGCGCUUCAAUGAAUGAUUCAGGUAUCGCAUGGGAGGAUAUAGGGCGAGGCAGAAGAGGCAUAGAAGGCAUUUUUCGGAUACGUUUCGGAGGCAAAGGUGGUAGUCUCUCCUCGGUUUCACGCGUUCCAUCCCUCUUUGUGGUCACCGGGGGAGAGGGAGACGAAUGAUUCAGAUUUACUUUUGGUACUGCCACAUCUUCGUACUUCCUAUCGUUCAGAAGAUCCAUGAAUUCUAUAGGAUUCUUCAUGGCCAUCUGCAGACUAGUAUACGUUUGAUUAUCGCAAACGUCUAUAUCCAUGGAUUGAUCAGCGGUAUUCUGAUCAAGGGCUGCCUGCACCAACUUCGCAUGCGUGUCAGCAUAAAUCUGAUCGAGCUCAGCCACUUGGGUCAAUAGUUCAUUGAAGGACUUAUUGCAAUCUUCCGUUUCGGUCUUAAAAUCAACUUCUUGAUCCUUCUCUUUGAGACACGUUUGGCCUUUCUGUACCCAUUUGCCUACUUCCGAGUAAUCGAACCAGUCUGAUUUAUUUUUCGGAGACUCUAAGCUCUUCAAUAUAUCCGUAUUGUCAACGACAGUGUCGGACUUGGCGUAAGUCAAUGUUCCUGAAUUGGUAUCGACCGUUUCUUUGUCCAUACGAUUGUUAUUGAUUGGAUAGAUCUUAUUUGUUUGUUCGUUUUCAGUGUUAUUUUGCACCUCGUUAUUCUGGUAAUCUAUUAUAGUAGUUUUUAAGGGGUUCGUACUUUGUGCGAUAGUCCGAUUAACCAUAGCACUUCCGUUACAAGAGUCUAAUGUAUUCUUUACGUUGUAUAGAUCGUUCAAGGCGCGUAAGGCAGAGAUUUUAUUAGUGGAUUUUUUAAUGUCGAAAUCGUUAUUAUUAAAUUCGUCAAGAUUACGCGGAUAUCUGGGCGCAGCGUUUGAGAAUAAGGCAGACUCGGUGGCUAAGAUUUUACCAAAUGUACUAUAAUCUGUUUUCUUCCGGGCAAAUGCUUUCCGCAAAGACCAGAAUGCAGGCCUACCUGCACCAAGUGGUAACAUCUGAAAUGGUAAUGGUUCGCUAGUUGCACCAUCGGACGGUCUCUUAAGCUGAAUGUACACUUGAACCGGUUGAUCCACUUGUUGUAACCGAUAAGUCGGUGUUCUAAAUGCUAUUGCAGUCUGUUAACAUUCAUCAAAUACCAUUUUACAUCUUUGUAAUGCUAAAAUAUCGAAUUUAUGAUUAUGCAAACGUUAAAACGUACUUGUUUAUGUACAUGAGUAGGCUGAAAAUCUCCAAGUCCUUCCCACACCACUUGUCCAUCCUUUUCUUCGAAAAAUCUUACUUGUAUAUCUUCUUUUGCAACCUUUUCACACAGCAAAAUCAUUUCCAUACCACCCGCAACCGAAGCACUACAAUGACUGAGCUUAGAUAUAACGAGAUCCGACAUUGCCUCUGAAACAUUCAAGGCAGACGUAGAAUGGCCGAUUCUAAAAAUAAAUUUAAAGCCUACAGUCGAUUAAACUUACUCUUAUCAAAUAUAGGAUCUGAUACAACGGCCGGUAAUGCGACAUUAAAUUUUCCUUUCUGAGAUCCUUCUAGGAAAACUUGAAAACAUAAUCUCACUGCAUUAAGAUCGAUGCUAGUAGGUUGUCUUUUAUGUUCGAAGCCAGCUAUGAAACAAAAAAUGAUAUAUGAUUCUGGAUUCUUGUAACAGAUAUAUUGUUUCUGAUUUUAUCUUUGACUUACUUCGAAAAGGAUCUACGCGAAUUUCUUCUCUUAUUCUAAGUGCAUCUUCUAUAUCUUUUUUCUUAACACACUGAAUACCAAGAUUCGCAAAUGUAACUGUCAUGUUCUCAGAAGAUACUUCUACUGUACAAACACCUCUCUUGCAUGCCUCCUUUCCAACAAGAUUAUGAGGAUGAGGUCUGUGCGGUGGAUCUUUUGUUACACAUGAUACUACAACUAAGGCUCGGCCUUUGUAUCCCACUAUCUUUAUCAUAUAUUAAUUAUUAUUAUAUAAGAUUACCAAUGGUAGAUGCUACAACUUCAUUAAUACUCACUCUUAUACUAGGAAAUAUUUUAUUUUCUGGUGUACUGUUUACACCAGGUAUACUACCAGCAGAUCUGCCCUCACACUCAUAGCGAAAGCGCAAAGCUUUGCUAGCUGGCUGCUCUGUUAUCUCAACAUAAGGCAAUAUUCGUCCGGUGUUCAUUUCCACCGGUGUUGGAGUUCUCGUAGACUCCACAAAUUCAGGAUCCGUUCGGAUGACCUCAACUAUUUCGAAAAUUAAUAGAAGUUGGACUAAGAACAUGAAUUAAAAACUUUACAUAGAAAUAUAGGAUAGAAGUGAAUACUUACUGACAUCACUAAUAUUUAUAUUGCCAUCACUCAUAUCAGAGAACUGUUCCAUACCUCUUAGUGGUUAGUACACUGAACAGAAGCCAUCUGAAAAAUAAUCGUUACUUCAAUACACGGCAUUUUUUAACACCAACGAAGCUGUGAAAUACAUAGUUCGCUGUACGUGUUAGGCUAUUAUUUGUUCAAGAAUCACGUGCACAAAAAAGUAGCUGCAACACGUCGAAAUAAAAGCGUUUCUUCAUGAUCUACGAUGAUUGUUUUCCACGCGUAACUAACGAAGGAGGAAAACCACGAACAAGAGGAUCGCAUGUUACAAUGUCCUUUUCCCGCGACACGGAUUUGAUCGCGAUCUCGUUGAAUCCAGAUAAGAGUCUGCGAGUGUACCUAAAAACCGGUUCAUUCGGUGAAGGUGUGCAUUCUGAACGGUGUAUCAAACAUCUUCUUGGAAUAGGUGUUUGUGUCGCAAUAUGUAGCGACGAUUUACGCGGAACGAGUUAGGCGUAACUUUUCGAUUAACACCGAUUUGGAGAAAUCGAACGCGAUGAUAAACGUGCAUGGAUAGAGGUUCGGUGUGCUUUGGUUGAACUUCGAAACGACAGCUGUUCACAGGUAUAUACUCAGGUGUACUCCCGGAGUCACUGCAAACUGCAACACAAGUGUCCCGAGGGAAAAGAAACGGCAAGAAAAUAAGACAGAGAGCAAGACAGGGACAGAGAGACAAGUCGAGUGAAAGAUAGAUAGAGAGAGAAAGAGAGAGAGGGAGUGAGAGAGAGGGAGAGCGCGAGAGCAGUGGACGAGGAGGGAUGCCACGCUGAUCCAAUCAUUAUUUUGGGAGAGCCUAGGUGGCGGUUUGAACGCGCCUUGGAGGACAGUUCGAAAGAAGGCGCGGAAGAUCCGACCGCCUACGGAAAAUUAAAAAUUGUUGCUUCGUUAGCUGCAUUGUACGGCUGGACGACAGGGGAAGCGAUCGGCGAUUCGCUUUUGUCGCGACCGGUCGCCAUGACGAGAACGGCAAACAAUCGUUGAUCGCUUUUGUAAAAGAGCGUUUACUCGAGAAUGCUGCAAGCGAUGCCAGAAAUUGCGAUCUCGCCGAAGAGUCUGCCUUCCUUGAGCAUUUCGGCCGGCUCGAAGGAUGAGACGUGCCACAUUCCCGAUGGAAAAAGGCUGCCAGGAUGCGUACGAUGUAAAUUCCAACCGUACUCUCAUCUUCCAGUAAGAUGUUACAGACCCACACCCCAUUAUCGUCCACCAAGGACUUCCCUGAGGCUAACUGGACUCGCUGCAAUAAAUUGCACCGGCUCGAUCAACACGGCGAAAAGCUGUCCAGAAAAUUUAAUAUGCAGGCCCAUGUUUCGCAUCAUCGGCUCCGCGUCUUGCAAGAAGAGUCUGUCGAUGAUUGAUCUCACGCAGUCCAACAUGGAGGCGGAAAACGGCGACCUCGGGUCGGAUAGUUGCUCGACCCUGGAGAAGCUCGAGGACACCGAGAAAGUUUACGAGGGAAACGACGUCGGCCUGGGCGUCGGUAUCAAGAACUGGAUGGACGGAUUCGUGUCGGCGGAGUCCGAGGAAGGGGGUUUGAGAUUUUUUGAAAAUCCAAGAAAAGCAGCGAGCCUAGUGUGCCGCGUGCUCGUGGUGAACGCGUGGAGGCGCAGGCGCGAGGAGGUGGACUAUCUUCGCGGCACGAUCGACGAUUUGACACGGAACACGGGACACCUACAGCUGCAGAUAUCCGUGCUGCGUCGACUGAUCGACACGGAGAACAGCCGUGUUGGUCGGCUGACCAGUGAGGCGAAUCGUUUGAGAAUGCAGCUGGACGAGGCUGUGAAAGGGAGAGACGCUCUCAAAAGGGAGAAAGAGAAGAUCGAGGAGGAGAUGAGGCGGUUGCACGAGGUCGCCGAGGGAAGACUGGUCGUCGUCGAGAACGUGCAGAACGAACUGAUCACGGCGCAAAAUCAGGUUCAAGCGUUGGACGAACAGAUCUCGAGGGACCGCGAGAAGCUGCUCAAGCUGCGGGAAGACAAAAGGAUGCUGAUCGAAAAGGUGACAGCCUGCGAGACUUUGGCCAAGGAAAGGGGUGCGAGGGCGGAGAAGUCGGAAUGCGCUGCCGAGGAGCUGCAGCUCAAGCUGGCCACGCAUAUCGUUCUGACGGAGACGUCGCAGAAGGAGAUACAACGAUACAUCAAGGAACUGAAGAUCAGCGAGGCGGAGAUAGCUAGGCUUGAGAAACGAUUGCAGUGUAGCGAGGAUGCUGAGAAGUCUCUAAGAUUGCGCGCGACGCUUCUGGAAUCCAAGCUGAACGAUCGUGAAGCGGUCUUGAGAUGCGUCGAGUCCACUUGUAAUUCGCAACUGGCGGAGUUGAACGAUCUAAGGAAUCGUCUGAUAAGGCAGUCUCAGGACGGUGGGUGGAGCAGCAGAAUGUUGCAAAUCGCUGGCACGGUCGUCCGUGCCCCACGGGCCAUUUUGAGGUCUCUGUUGUCCACUACGGGACCGGUGCUGACCCCUUAAAGGUGUAAUUACCUGUCCGAGUUUCAAAGUUUUCUUUGGAAUGGAAUGUUCCCUGAAGUGGUACACUUCGAAGUCUGACGACGACGCCUGUUCAAAGGUGACGAGACGAGCGUCGAGGAGAGAAAGGACCAAGGAGGAUCGCGAGAGAAUUUCUUUCUUACAUUGGCGUUUUUUCUUGCCGCGGAGAUUAGGAUACUUUAUUUUUAUAACUUCUUUUUUUUUCUUUUUUUUUUUUUAAAAACCAUUUUCUGAUAUUAGAAAUGUUACGAUUCGCUGAAACAACGUAUCGCCGAUGGGAUGAGAAUGGCUGAAAUAAAUAUCGAUGUCGUGUGCUUUUUGAAAUCUA